AUGGAGCAGCAAGCAGGUUCACUCGGCGAGCGCGUAAAGCUAGACAUCGGCGGCCACCGCUUCACGACCUCUCGCACCACGCUGUGCGCACGCGAGUCCAUGCUAGCCACGAUGUUCUCUGGAAGGCACCAGAUCGCGACCGACGAGGAUGGCUAUACGUUCAUCGACCGCGACGGCCGCAAUUUCCACCACAUUCUCAACUUCCUUCGCACGGGCGAGAUUAUGCUGCCUGAGACGGAGGCCGCCCGGCGCGAGCUGCUCGCCGAGGCAGACUUCUACCAGUUCACGGCCUUGCUCGAGAUC